GGAAGGUUAGGCUUAUGUAUUUCAGACGUGAUACUGAUGCGCUCACUGAAGCGCAGCGUGAGCUUAUCGAAUUGAUGCGCUACGCAUCCUUGUGGAAUGGAAGAUAGGUUUGAAUCAAGGUUUGUGCGGAAGAGCGCGUAAGCUAGCUGCACGAAAUUUGUUCGAGAUUGGGGAGUAAGUGGGUUCAAAGGAGUAUUCGUGAGAGAGAUGGUGAGGGUGGGUAUCAGGACGGCUGGAUCCACGCGACGCCGCAUUGUGGAUCUUCCUGCCGAAUCGGAGGUUGGUUGGGUCCGACAAGCUAUAGCCCAUGAAUUUGGUGCGCCCCACGAGAGAUUGAAGUUGAUUGUGGGCGGGAAAGCGCUUGAGGACGAGAUGAAUACCAAACCUGUGACUGUUAAGUUUGCUGAUGGAGAUUCUUUGAUAGCGGUGGUGGUUCCUAAAGCUCCUCCAAAACAUAUCUCAAGCAGGGACGGUGAAAUUGAGGAUGAGGAUGAAGAACUUAGAUUUAAAUUACCAGAAUCAGCAACUCCUUUACAGAGACAGCUUGGCAACUUCCUGCGAGGGAAGCUGAAAGUUCCUGAUAUAUUCCUCAUUGUGUUGUUCUCCAUUAGCCCUCGAGCAUGGCUCUCAAUAGCCAUAUGGUUUGUCUUAUUACCAAUUGCAAGACGGUGGGAAUUGGGCCCGGUGUAUAUUAUUAUCACUGUCUUCGCGGUAAUUUUUAUGAACCUGGGCAAACGGCAACCAGGCGAAGCAAGUGCCUAUUCUAUAUUCAACGACGACUUUCGAGAGUUGCCAGGCACAUUGAAUGCUGACAGGUUAGAUAGAGAUAUCCGGGCUGGACAAUUUUGAGGUAGUUGUGUUCGUCGAUGUGCAACAAGGAUACAUUCGUUAUAAGAUCAUAAUAUAUAGGAGAGUGUUUCUAUAACAGAUAAUUAUCUUUAAUUUUCAUUAAAAAUAGUUGUCGAUGGCGAGUACUUGGUCCAGUUCACUA